CAGAUCAUGUGAGAAGGGCUGAACAUGUAAUUCGCUUGUAGCACUGUGGUCUUAUUGUAUAUGUAAGCCGCGCUAAAUCUGUGACUGUGUUUUCUUCAGGACUCCCACCAAGCUGUCACCCCAGGCUUUCGAAACCACUCCUCGUCAACAACGACCCUGCCAAACACCACACCAUCACUUUUCUCUUCCUAUCAAAUCCUUAUUCUUCGUCCUACGUUCUAGCUCAUCCAAAUAUACACAAUCUGGAUACGAUGUCCGAGCAGCCCCAGGCUUCCGACGAUGUGCAGGCUACGGCACUAAAUCCGAUUUUGAAUCCGAUUGGUACACAUUGGGAUGCUCCCGGCGGAGCGGGUGGAAGUCCCAGUUGGCCCAUUCCCAUGCCGCAUGUUGGACCAGAGAGCCAGCAACUUCAGGAAAUGGAUGCUAGAUGGUCACUGCGUUUUAAGCAUCUGACUCAAUGGUCUGAGGCCGAAAGUUUUCUCCGGUGCCAGGAGUGUGAGUCACGGUGGUUCCAACGCUGGGACGGCAAAAAACGUGAGAUUCAGGAGAAUGCAGCUGAAAUGGCGGGCCUUAUUGUUGAGUUCUCACGUCCAGCUUUUCUAUUAUGUCUAACAGGUGCUUAGGCAACACUCUUGCAUGAGAAAGCUGAGAGGAUGAAAUUGGAACACAAAUUCAACCUCUAUGGGGCUUUGGGUAAUAGUCACAAGCUCCAUCUAUUAGGUUACUACUAAUACUGGGAUGCAGAACUUAUUGUGUGCCAUGCGAGACUUACCGGGAAAAUCGGAUGGAACCUGCUGUCCGGGAUCCAGGAUGGCAUCGAUGAACUCGCAAAGACACCUGCAUUGGUUGCCGCACUUCGGGAUGAAACAGUGGCCUACCAGCUUGCACCCCAAGAUGUUACUCAAUGUAUCGGGUGUAUCCAUCACACGGUUUCCAACCACAACAAUGGUAAUGAUCACGUCAUUACUCUUUACGAGGACGAUUAUACUAGGGAGGAAUGUGCUGUGCUGGCUGCUUUCUUGGAGGUCCAGAGAGAUUGGCCCGAUGGCUUCGCGUGGAAGAGAAUGAAAAGGAGACAACAAAUCCGACGCUGAGGGGGCUGCUGUGUUUUACCUGUGUCACGAUUUGCUUCUGUCAGUAAUGAUGUGUCUCCUGCUGUGGGAGAAUCAAAAGGACAGCUCUGUGAAGUUAAUUGUUCUUUGUAGUGAUCGGGAGAUAGAGGCUUACAUACAGGGUGGUGACUUCCACACACAAUUGAACUGUUUUCUUGAAAUUGUUUGUACUCAUGGUAUUUUGCCAUGUUAAUAACCACAUAUCCAUAGAAAGCCUUUUGAAAGGAAAUAGGACUAGCAUUACCUGUAUUAAUGUCGAUAAAUUUGCUCUUUCCAAC